CGUCUGACGUCACGACGUAAGCCUAGCAACAGCGCAGGCUCCCGGCCGAAUCCGUUAUGGCCGCUGCCACCCAGGGGAGGAUGAGAGGGGUCGCCCAAGCGAAGCUGCUGCCGGGGCAGGGUAUCCAUGUCCCUGCGGGGCUGGCGCAGCCGCUGGUGCUAGCGCUCCUGCUUGCGUCCGCCACGCUGUCCAGUGUUCUAUCACAGAGUGAUUCACUGAGCCGAACUGUACUCAAUCCAGAUAUUUCUACUCCAGAUCUGAAAGUUUCCUUACAUGAAGACCAAACCAAACUUCCUGUCUCCCAGAUCAGUACCACUCUCCAUCCCACAACCAGUACAGAGAAAAGUGGAAGAGCAUCUUUGGCCCCUCAUCCGUCCCCUACUGUUUCUCUGUCCCAAGAGGAAGCUGAUAAUGAAGAUCCUAGCAUAGAGGAGGAGGAUCUCCUCACACUGAAUAGUUCUCCGUCCACAGCCAAAGACACUCUGGACAAUGGAGAUUAUGGAGAACCAGACUAUGACUGGACCACCAGCCCCAGGGACGAUGAGUCUGAGGAGGCCUUGGAAGAAGACCGGGGUUACAUGGAAAUUGAACAGUCGGUGAAAGCUAUUAAGACCCCAUCCUCAAAUAUGGAAGAGGAAGACAGCCAUUUCUUUUUUCAUCUUAUUAUUUUUGCUUUUUGUAUUGCUAUUGUUUACAUCACAUAUCACAAUAAAAGGAAGAUUUUCCUUUUGGUUCAAAGCAGGAAAUGGCGUGAUGGUCUUUGUUCCAAAACAGUGGAAUAUCAUCGUCUAGACCAGAAUGUUAAUGAGGCAAUGCCUUCUCUGAAGAUUACCAAUGAUUAUAUUUUUUAAAGCACUGUGAUUUGUUUGCUUAUUAUGUAAUUUUAAUUGCUUGAUGUUUUUAUAUGAUAUUGUGCAGAUGUUUGCCAUAGGCAAUUGGUACUAAAAUGAGAGGAGGGUCUCUCUUUAUUUUGCCUUGGGGCUUUGGAAAUUAAAUGUCACAAACAAGGAGUAUAUAAUUUUUUAUCUACACUUUUAGAACCGAAUUCAAUUAGGUGUCCAAAAUGUGGAGCUAAGCAUUGCUUUUUAUUUCAUCAUUUUAGAUUUCUUUAUCAUACUUCUUCUGGAAGUAUUAGUAAUGCUACUUUUAAAAGAUCCCAAACUUGUAACUAAAUUCUAAAAUAUCUGGUCUGGUAUCCAAAUACUAUGUUUUAAGCACACAUUUCUUUGUGCUCCUAAACUGUGAAGUACAAGGAAAUAUGUGAUAAUGCUUUGCUUUUAAGUAACAUUUUUUCUUUCAGAAAAACUGCUUUGGAUGUUUUUUGGUAAUUUAAAUAUAAUUUAAAGUAAUGAUAUUGCUCAUACUGAUCACAGUUUUAGGUAACACAUUAAAUAUGUUUAGAAAUUUUGGCAAUAGAGACUCCGCAAUUUGCAGUGGAUAUAGAUAAAAUGCUAUAGAGAUACUGUUUUUUUUUGUUUGUUUGAAUUACUGAAUUAAGUUUAAAGGUAGAAAUUGUGGUAAAAUAGUAAAUACACAUACAAUUGCUUUCAUUUAGCAAUUGAUUGUAGCAUGGGUUCCUCCAGGCUUUUCAAGCAAAGGCAGAGUUUAAAAUUAUAUGAGAUUUGUUCACUUGGUUUAUUAUUUUAUAGUAAGUUUGAAUAAAUCUUAGAGGCCGUUAUCACUUAAAUAUACUGUAUCUAGGUCUUUCAAAUUAAAAUUGUAUGUGAAUGAAGUUGUUUGUAUACAUAAAGGAUAUAUGUGUACACUGACUAUUCCCCCGGCCCCUCCCCCCCAUUAUUUGUUUUAUUGUCUUUGUUUAUUCACAGCGACUGGAAAUUAUUUACUGUAUUUCAUUUUAGUUUAUCUUUCUAUCUUAAAGAAUUGAUUAAUAUGUAAAUAUGUGAUUUGAACCAUGGUUGACUUACAAGUGUCACUGUACAACUUUUUAGAGAACAUAACCCCUGCUAUACUUUAAACACCUACUCACAAAGCCCAGGGCAAGUUAGUGGGUGUGCACUUUGUAUAGAGAUGGAAGAAAUAGGGCAGUCCAACAUCUCUCUCCAGUGGACAUUUUAUUGUCCUAAUAAGGAAGGGAAGCACAAUGGAAAUACACAUGAACUGUUUUAUUGCAGUAAUUUUUUUCAUAUCUGAAAUUGUAUUAUUUAAUAUUUUGAAUAAAAAUUUAAAAAAUAAAUGGCAAAGAUAUAAACCCA